AGGUGUGACAACAGACGAAGCUGCCCUGCGGAAGGACAAAGUCUACACAAUCACCAGCAGACUGAAGGUCUCUGCCGAAGACUGGUACAAACCCGAGUGGAAUUUUGAGUGCAUCGUCCGCUUCUUCAAUGGGACACAUGAUACUGAUUAUAACGACUCAAUCUCUGGUGAACAAGGUCCAGACAUCCUGACCAGAGAAAAAUAUCUGAGGAUCACUCGUCAAGCCAAACUCUCCUACAGCGUGUUGAUCAUCAAGAGCAGCGUCUACGGAGCCUUCGUGGCCUUUUUGGUUUGGAGACUCCAGAGUUCAACUGAAAAGCAGAACUGAGACCUGAGCGGAGAGGAAAAUUAACUUUGACUUAAUGUAAAUAAAACUGAAAACAUAGUGGCUAUAUUUCUAUAAAGCUGAAUGUUGCAGUGUAUUUUUACUCAUUUAUAAAUUAGCUAUUGAAAUUCUGCACAAAGUAGUGAACAGGUUCUCUGCUUAUUCUAAUCAAAAACUUAAAUCUAUGACUGGCAUGCAGAUAGUUUGGCAUCAGGGUUUUUAUUUUUCUGCGUAUUUGUUUUUGGUAGUGAAUUAAUUGUUUGCUUAUUUUUUUUUGUCAAUAAAAG